AUGUCUCCCCACAACGAUGCUCCCUCCCCGAGCAGCAGCUACUCUGCCGGGUUCAACCGGGGCCCAUACCGGCCCGUGGUCACCUCGAGCCUUCUGCCGGGCCGGCUGGGCUCGAUGGAGCCGCACUCCCCCAUCAGCAGCUCCUGCAGCACCGCCUCGGACGCCCCAGAUUUGCACAUGACGCGGCCGCUGGUGCCGGGCGUCUACGUGCCGACCAUGUGCUUCUUUGACGAGGCGACCGAGGAUAUCGACACCGACACCAUCGCGCGGCACGCCGUGCGCCUGGCGCGCGCCGGCGUCACGGGCCUCGCCACGCAGGGCUCCAACGGCGAAGCCGUCCACCUUACGCACGCGGAGCGGCAGCUCGUGACGGCCACCACGCGCAAGGCGCUCAACGACGCCGGCUUCGCCCACAUGCCCAUCAUCGUCGGCUGCGGCGCCCAGAGCACGCGCGAGACCAUCCAGCUGUGCCGCGAGGCCUGGGAAGCCGGCGGCGACUACGCGCUGGUGCUGCCGCCGUCCUACUACGCGCCGCUCUUCGCCCCGUCCGCCGAGACAAUCGUCUCCUUCUUCACCGCCGUCGCCGACGCCUCCCCCGUCCCGCUCAUCAUCUACAACUUCCCCGGCGCCGUCAACGGCCUCGACCUGUCGUCCGACACCAUCGUCCGCCUGGCGGCGCACCCCAACAUCGUCGGCGUCAAGCUGACCUGCGGCAACACGGGCAAGCUGAACCGCGUGGCGGCCGCGACCCGUAAGAUGACCACCACCACCACCACCACCACCACCACCAAGGACGCCGACGCCGACGCCCACGACCCAGUCGCCGGGCGACCCGACUUCCUAGUCCUGGCCGGCUCGGCCGACUUCACGCUGCAGUCCCUCGUCGCGGGCGGGCACGGCAUCCUCGCGGGGCUGGCCAACAUCGCGCCGCGGGCGUGCGUGCGCACCAUGGAGCUGUUCCGGCGCGGGCAGGUGGCCGAGGCGCAGGCGCUGCAGGAGGUGGUUGCGCAGGGCGACUGGACGGCCAUCCAGGGCGGCGUGGUGGGCGUCAAGUACGGCUUGCAGGCCUGGAUGGGGUACGGCGGGUAUGCGCGCAGCCCGCUGCCGCGGCCGACGGGCGAGCAGGCGAGGGCUUGGAAGGAGGGGUAUCGGGAGUUGGUUAUGCUGGAGAAGUCGCUUUCUUCUUCUUCUUCUUCUUCUUCUUCUUCUUCUUCAUGA